GACACUGGCGAGCAUUGCGCUCGCAUUUUGAUACGACCUCGCCUUCAGCUGAAUCUGAGCGAGAUGCACUUGACAUCCACGCUGAUUGGGCUCCUUAUCUGCGGCCUGGCGAUCGAGCUGCCCACACCCACAGCCGCCCAAUUCUGGUCCGUGGAUCCUGUCGCGCAGUGGCGGAAAGAGGCUCUGGCCGAGAGGGGAUCCGGGAUCUGCUACAGGACUCUCACCGUGCAAGCCGUCAAUCCGAACUCCAGAAGUCGUCAGAUCUCCCACUGCUGCGAUGGUUAUGUGAACAAGGGAACCACCCAGAGCCUCAAGUGCGAGCCCAUUUGCUCGGAGGACUGCACCCAUGGAUUGUGCCUUGCGCCCGAGGAGUGCGAGUGUGCUCCGGGAUACUAUAGGCGCAACAAAAGGUGUAUCUUCGUCAUGGCAUAACAAAAAUAUCUCAUCUCAAAUGCAAUAUUCUCUGAGUUGAUAUUAAUAAUGACAUAUGUUCUCAAAGUGCAGUUUUAUUGUGUUAGAUAAACAAAUGAAUGCUGGCAACAAUGCGGUCGUACCAAAUCUCUUUGUAAUCACUUUGUAUAGGUAAAUAUCUUUAGUCUUUUAUAGCUUCUACACUGUGUUGAAUUUGAACGUUUAAUCACU